AGUUGACCGAACGGUCUGUUACCUCUCGCAACACAACAAAUUACUGUGUGUUUAUACUAGUGCGCAAAUAGUUCUUUUUAUAAUGGGAACUAAAUUAUUAAUCUUUUCACUUGCUAUAACUGUGUGUAAUGGACAUAUUCCAUUACUUGGUGAUAUAAUAUCAGCUACACAUAAAGUUGCCGGUACAAUUUUAGAAGGAAUUUCUCAUGGACACCAUUUUAAUGUGGACGAAAGUGUUGGUAUUAAAACGGACUCAAACCAUCAAUCAAAUUAUAAAUCAACAAGUCAACCCGAAGAGACUAUUAUAAUAGUUGUCGAAAAUGGAGAUAAUCCAAACGAGUAUAGUCGAUCCCCUGGAAAUUAUAGGCCAGGACAACACAACCAAAAACCUUUUUUCAAUAGCAAUGGAGGCUACGGCCAUGGAUAUAACGAAUACAGACCGAAUCAUAAUACACCGGUGAGACCUCAUACCUAUGGAAACGAAAAUUUUAAUAAUAACUAUCACAAUAAUAUCCAUCCAGGAGGCGUCAAUAAUGGACGUCCACAAAAUUAUUACGACAAUAAUCUACAUCAAGGACAUAAUCCGAAUAGAUAUCCGAAUUAUCCGAACCGAGAAAAUCAUAACCACGGAAACCAUCAAUAUCCAAAUGGUAAUAAUGGAUUCUACGACCAAAAUAACGGUAAUAACUUUAACAAUCUUAGACCCAACACUUGGAAUAAUAACGGUAUACCUAGCCAACCACCUCCAUUCAAUGGCAAUAACCAACAAAACAACGGAUAUCUUAAUCCUAAUAAUAACAAUGGUUUACCUAGCCAACAACCUUCAUUCAAUAACAAUAAUCAACAAAACAAUUUAUAUCCUAAUGGUAUUUACAAUAACGGUAACGCAAAUUCAGAUGGCAGCCAUUUUGUUAAAAAACCAACGACAGGGUUUUUAACAGAAGGACCAUUUUCCACUAUCAAACCAACCGAAAACACAAAAACACCAGAAAAUGACGUUCCAUUAUUUAUACCGCUUUUACCUGAUGAGAACAAAAACACAGGUCCAAAGAGAGAAACUGAUGAUAAUAAAGACAAACCAGCCGAAAGUGGAGAAGAGGAAUUUGAAUUAGACGUAAGGUUCAAAGACUAAUGUAAUCUUUUUGUCAAUCUAUUUAUAAAAAAAAGACGAAAUCUAAAUUAAAUAUAUCGAUUAUACUGUAGCUAACACAGUGUUUUAUUUUAAUACGAACAUUUUAAAACACUGGACGAAACUUUAAUAUCAAAACUAGUCUUGUUAAACUUCACUAUAAUAUUGAAACAUGUGUAGUUUUUUUUUUUGCAAAAUAUAAUUAUAUAUUUAAUAGUAAACAUUUUUUCAUCUUUAUUAAUGUAAGCAAGUAAGACGUUGUAAACUUAGCUAGAACAGUAAUAUAUAAUGCGAUUAAGUAACAAGGUCAAAUUGAUAAUAACAAAAAUUAUUAUAGUAGGAUUUAAUUUCUUGAGUUUGAGAUGAAAUCAUCUUUAGUACAAUUGUGCCUUACAAGCCUUAAAUGUAAAAUUCAUUGUGUUGAGUGAAUUAGACGUCAACAAGUUAUUUUUUACAAAUUCUAAUAUUUAUUCAUUUCAUUAAAGUUGCUCAAGGAAAACCAUCGCAUAAUGUUUAUUUUUGUUAUUUUCCUGUGUUCAUCAAUAUUAAAAAGCGUCGACAGUCAAGAAGUUGUUGUGUCGCAAAUGAAUCAAACGGAAAAGUUUAAUGUGUCGUUUAAAAAUUCAACUCCAAACUAUGAAAAAAUUACUGAAAACGGUAUAAAUUUGUCAAACAAUAAACCGUUUUUUAGUAACGAUAAACUUGUUACAAGAAUUCGAAAGGAAAUCAAUAUAAUCACGAAUAAUCGAUAUAAAGAAAACGUUACUGCAUUAAAUAAAUCUCCUCAAAAAAUAUCUGAAAGGAAGUCAAAUAAUACAAUGAAUGUAAGUGAGCUACCAAAAAUAAACGGCAAUGUUGAUAUACGUGGUGAAUACGAAGUAUUGAAUAAAUUUUCAGUAGAAACAAGCACUUUAGUAAAUUCAACGAUUGCAUCAAAUCAUCACAUAUCAUCUAAUCAUACUUUUGUGGAGAAUUUGGAAAAUCCUAAUAAAAUGGUAGCAAAAAUAGCAAAUAAAACUAUUGUACAACUCGAAGAUAGAGCAGCUUUCACUGGUAGUAAAUGUGUUACACCUCGAGUCAAGAUACUGGGAAUGUGUACAGAACCAGAUAUAGACACUAAAACAAACUAGUUAUAAUUCAAAAUAUGCUAUAGACGCAUUGACUUGUAUUUUGCACUAAUUGUACCAACUACUUUCAAAUUAAGUAAGAUAGUAUUCUAAAAUUGUAUUCGUGUAUUGAUUGUGUAUUAUAUUUAUAAUAUUAAAUCAUAGGUAAGUAUAUUUUAUUUGAUUUUUUAAAAUUACUUAAUUACUAUUAUGUUUACAAUUCUUAUUGAUUCUUAAUAAAAAUUUAUAUUUGGCUUAAAA